CAGACCUAGAGUGUACAGUACAGCAGCUGGGAGAACGGACAUCUUUACUAUCCUCGUAACUCUCUACCGCUCGAUAUUCAUUCCUCUUCUCUUCUUGCCGUCGUUACUUACUUUUCUACUCCAGUAUUCUCUACUCUCUACUCAACACUCCACUUCUACUACUACCGCCACCGCCGCUCGCUGCUGUACUGUACCCCCUCAAAGACCACAUACCUCCACAUUACCUCCACAUCCCUCUCCUUUUAGUCAUGGCGAUCCGUGUUUCGUGUGCAUGAACCAGAACCGAUCCUGCACAACACUGCACAAGUCAAAAAGAAGCUCUUGGCUGUCUUGCCAACACGGCUCUAGUCGACUACACACGACACCGCUCCACUUCCGUCCGACCACCCAAGCUCACUAAGUAAGCUCACCGCACAUCAACUACUAUUUCCGUCUUUCUCCUCCCUCCCUCACUCAAUAUUCUAUUUCUACCCUCAAACAACCCUCUCUCCUCCUCUCUCUCUCUGUACAUAUGUCCCUGUCAUCCGCCUCACUCCCCAUUCACGACCCAGUGAUUCAGUCUAUGGCCUCUCCCACAACCCUCUUCUCUCCCUCAAGUCCCGCCAAUACGAGGCUGUGCCCGUGGUGGAUCGGCGGUCAGAAAGCUUAAUACAGCCACUACCUCUUUUUGGUCGUACUCAGCUUGUGCAAGAGGCGGUCAUUGCGGAAUAAAAAUAAAUACAGUAAAUAUAUAUACAAAGCUCUCUCCCCAGGGACCGUCCCCUUGGUCCGACAUACACGUUGUGACACUCGCUUCACUUCCUUCGCCAUGGGAUUCCCGCCGUCAACUACUAGGGCGGUCUCGCCAGAGCAUGUGAAUUCCCACAACGACAACUUCGAUUCAGAUGACGACUCCGAGUACUAUUUCCACACAUAUGCUCCCCUCUCAUGCUUUCCCACGCCUCCGCCCUCAUCACACACCUCCAGCCCACCCUCGCCAUUCCCCGAUACCCCGUCCGACUGCUCGCUGGACACCAGUUUACGAGGCCCAGCAACCUACCUCUCAAACCUCAUCCCCUGCGCCGCCUCCCUACUCUCACCCUCCCCAUCACUCACCCACACACUCCUCACGCACGCAAACCUCCCUAUAGAAACCCUCGCACUAGCAGCCUGCAUCCUCGACUCCCUCACCCCCCGCUUCGCAACCCUCUGGCGCCGCUCCCUCCCGCUCUCCUCUCUCCCCGAGUCGUCCCAACACAUCGAUUCCGUGCGCCCCGAAGUCAUCAUCCUCGCGGCGCUGAUGAUAGCCCACAAAUUCCUCGACGACGCCGGAACGAGGACGAGGACUUAUAGCGAGGUUGUUGGCGAGGGGAGGUGGGGAGUGGAUAUGUUGAAUGUCACUGAGCGCUGCGUUUUGGAGAAUCUAGGCUGGAGAGUUGCCAGGUUAUGGAGGGGAGAGCUAAUUGAGGGCGCGGAGGAGGAUAUGAGGAGGGCGGGGAUGGUGUGGGAGAUGGCUGGGAAAAGGGUUAGUGGUGGUGCGAGGAUGAAGGGGGGACUGUUGACGCCUGUGGAGGGGGUGGUGGGGGAGGAUAUUGCUUGUUGAGCGGAGUCAGUGAGGAAUACCCGUUAGUUAUUGGUGGAGAUUGCUUUCGUUUUUGGCGUUUCAUGGGAGCGAUGUCGUUGAUUUGGAUUUGGAUUUUGGCGCAAACGGAUGCAUUUAUGGGCGCUGCUGGCUGGGUGAGAGCCAUGGUUUUAGCCCACGGGGAGUGGGAUUGGGAGCGAAGCAAAUUGUUGGUGGCAUUGAGGGAGGGAGUACUCAGCCGUUUGAUAUUAUGAUACCCUGGAACAUAGUACGUCGUAUACCUAGAGAGAGGAUGGAUGGAUGGAACCUAAUGAAUGGAUUAUCG